CCGCCUCGCCGGGCCCGCGCCGGGAUGGGGUAGGGGCAGCGCCACCGAGUCGCGCGAUGGGCCGCCCUCUGGGCACCCAGCAGCCCCCCGAGGCCUGACCGACCGCGAGGACCGGCUGAGGAGCCCCGCCUGGAUGUCAAGCGGAUGCCCCAGCGUCUCCCAGCAGACUCAGUGGAGACCAUGGCUUCGCUGAUGCCCCUGUCCCCAUAUCUAAGCCCCACUGUCCUCCUGCUGGUCAGUUGUGACCUGGGCUUUGUGCGAGCAGACCGGCCUCCAUCUCCUGUGAAUGUGACAGUCACUCACCUCAGAGCCAACUCGGCCACUGUGUCCUGGGACGUCCCAGAAGGCAACAUCGUCAUUGGCUACUCCAUUUCCCAGCAACGACAGAAUGGCCCUGGGCAGCGUGUGAUCCGGGAGGUGAACACCACCACUCGGGCCUGUGCCCUCUGGGGCCUGGCUGAAGACAGCGACUACACAGUGCAGGUCAGGAGCAUCGGCCUUCGGGGAGAGAGCCCCCCAGGGCCCCGGGUGCACUUCCGAACUCUCAAGGGCUCUGACCGGCUACCCUCAAACAGCUCAAGCCCAGGUGAUAUCACAGUGGAGGGUCUGGAAGGAGAGCGACCACUGCAGACGGGGGAAGUGGUCAUCAUUGUGGUGGUGUUGCUCAUGUGGGCUGCUGUAAUUGGGCUAUUCUGCCGUCAGUAUGACAUCAUCAAGGACAACGACUCCAACAACAACCCCAAGGAGAAAGGGAAGGGGCCAGAACAGAGUCCUCAGGGAAGGCCAGUGGGGACAAGACAGAAAAAGUCACCAUCCAUCAAUACCAUCGACGUAUGAGUGAAGAAACAGAACCAGAACACAAAUGCACUAAAAACCUGGGGAUGGGGAUGGGGUCAGGGAGAGCCUAAGAUGGUGACCUGCUCAAGACUGAAGGAUCCCACAGUCUCCCAGAGGGUAAUGACACUCCCACAAUCUCAGGCCUGGUACCCAUCCUCUUUCCACUGUGAGCAGGGCCAGAAGGUAGGUCUCUUAGGGUCUGUGCCCCUGGACCUGGGGAGUGGUAUCAGAUGGAAUGUGUCCUCCCAUCCCCCAAGUCCAGAGGAGAGUCAUUUGUUCAAUCCUAUUCCAUUAGGUCCCAAAUGGGGCCCCAUUUCACCUGCAUCAGGACUCUUGACAUCCCCAGCUGCCCCACAUCUUGCCUCUGGGUUAAAGAGAGGGGUGUUUCUGUGGGUACACCCCCUCCCCCAGCAAAUAAAAGGAAUUUUCUGGGCCUGGAGGCAGAUGCUGCACUGCACUACUCCAAUGUCUUCCAUGGAGCCUCAGGUGCUCCCCUUUCACCUGGCAGCCCCUCCAGCUGCUGGUGAUCUCACCCCGUGGACAUUUUUCCAAUAAAGGUUCUUGGACAAACUGGA